AUGCGUCUGAAGAAAUCUGAAGUUCAGAUCGGAACGGAAAGCAGUGGCAUCUCUUCCGAUUUCCACCCUACCCCACUGCCUCCUUCUUCCCUAACCCUAUCUGAAGUUCAGAUCGGAACAGAAAGCAGUUGCAUCUCUUCCGACUUCAACCCUACCCCACUGCCUCCUUCUUCCCUAACCCAAAAACACCCUCAUCUUUUCCAAAAUUUUCAUCCAAAUACACACUACCCUUCAAAUUCUUCGUAUUCUGUGAAUAACAGCACCCUUCGGAUCCUUAUCAAUGAUGAAAAUCGACAGCAGGGUCAAAACGAUCGGUUUCCGAUCAAACCCUCACCUUUGAAGAGACCCUAUCUUCAACAACUUUCGAGUUCGCUUAGCAAGACUCCGACUUUGUCAAAUGCCCUUCACAGAUAUGGGUUUUCUGGACCACACCCACCUUCGAAAUUUAAUCUUCUUUACACUAGGUCUCAGAAAUUUUUGACCCACUUCCACCACCAUGUUCGUUACGUACGCGGUUGUAUGCGCCUCCACCUCCGCCUCAUACUUCUCCUCAGUCUCCCCUUCUUUUACUUCCUGGUCUCCCACCCUUCCAGCUUCUUUAUUCUUGAUUUCAUCUCCGCCUUUGCCUUCUCUGCUGCGCUCUUGUUUUCUCUCAAUUUGGCCAUUCCAAGAAUUCCCACGAUAUGGUUGUGCCUUGCCAGGUCGUUGCCAGUUAAAAUUCGUGCAAAAAAACAAGUGAACUGGCCGCAUUUACCAGUACUUUGGUCAAUUGGGUCUUCACUCAAGGCGGAUAAGAAGGCAAUUUCGGGGUAUUAUGUACAGGCAUACAACAACGGGGAUGUGUAUGAGGGCGAAUAUCACAAGGGAAAGUGUAGUGGGAGUGGGGUGUAUUACUAUUACAUGAGUGGGAGAUACGAGGGAGAUUGGGUGGAUGGUAAGUAUGAUGGAUAUGGAGUUGAGACAUGGGCGAGGGGUAGCCGGUAUAGAGGGCAGUACAGACAGGGGCUUAGGCAUGGCUUUGGGGUGUACAGGUUUUAUACAGGAGAUGUCUAUGCUGGGGAGUGGUCUAGUGGGCAGAGCCAUGGGUGUGGUAUUCAUACUUGUGAGGAUGGGAGCCGUUAUGUGGGGGAAUUCAAGUGGGGCGUUAAACAUGGCCUUGGACACUACCAUUACAGAAAUGGGGAUAGAUAUGCUGGCGAAUAUUUUGCUGAUAAGAUGCACGGAUUUGGCGUCUAUUUUUUUGCAAAUGGCCACCGUUACGAGGGUGCUUGGCAUGAAGGUAGAAGACAGGGGCUUGGAAUGUACACUUUUAGGAACGGGGAAACUCAAUCUGGUCAUUGGCAAAAUGGGGUUCUUGAUGUUCCUAGUACACAGAACAGCUCACAUCCUGUUUCUCCUGUUGCUGUCAACCAUUCAAGAGUGCUCAAUUCUGUUCAAGAAGCAAGACGAGCAGCAGAGAAAGCUUAUGAUGUGGCGAAGGUGGAUGAAAGAGUGAACAGGGCAGUAGCAGCAGCUAACAGGGCAGCUAAUGCAGCUAGAGUAGCAGCCGUGAAGGCUGUCCAAAAGCAAAUGCAUAAUUGA